GCGCAGAGACGCGCGGCGCCUCAUCCAACCAGUGCCAGACGCACCAAACCGGGGCAGCGCUGCACAUUUAAACCAUUAAAGUGACUGCAAGUGGACGCUCCCCCUCCCUCACUCCCUCCAUCUCUCCUUCCUUUCCUCCCUCUCCUCGAUCAUUGCGCUCUCUCUCUCUCUCUCUCUUUUUCGGGAAAUCUUCUUCCAAAGUGGAGCUCCCGGCGAAUCACCGAUGAAUUCCGCGAAGUUGGCGGCGUUUGGAAGUGAGGAGUUCGGCGUGGGGAGCGGAGGAAAGCCGAGCGGACUGGACUGGAUUACUUGUCGGGUGUCCCGCAAACCAUGUCUCCGACUGAGUUGAACUUUGGAUCAGACAGAAAUCCACUCUGAGCGUUAUUAUCCGAGCGCCGCCGAGGAGCGCAGGAACUCUCUCCUCCACCCUCCGAAGAAGUUCUGAUUUAGAUGACACAGACAAAAAACUCAUUCUAACUGGAUAUCCAGCUUCCAGCGGCUCUCAGAGAUGCCUGUCGGUUUCGCAGGAAUUUACUGUCUACUGGCAUUGCUCAGGAUUUGUUCAGGGUCUCGUCUUCGUCAGGAAGACUUCCCUCCCCGCAUCGUGGAGCAUCCUUCAGACCUCAUCGUGUCCAAAGGGGAGCCGGCGACUCUUAACUGUAAAGCGGAGGGCCGCCCGGUCCCUACCGUGGAGUGGUACAAAGAUGGGGAGCGCGUGGAGACCGACCGCGACAACCCUCGCUCCCACCGGAUGCUGCUGCCCAGCGGGUCGCUCUUCUUCCUGCGGAUCGUCCAUGGGCGGCGGAGCAAACCGGACGACGGCAGCUACGUGUGUGUGGCAAGAAACUACCUGGGCCAGGCCAUCAGUCACAACGCAUCCCUGGAAGUAGCUAUUUUACGGGACGACUUCAGGCAGAACCCCGUGGACGUCAUGGUGGCGGUAGGUGAGCCGGCCGUGCUGGAGUGCCAGCCGCCCCGCGGACACCCCGAACCCACCAUCUCCUGGAGGAAAGACGGCGCCAAUCUAGAUGACAGAGACGAGCGCAUUACAAUUCGGAGCGGCAAGCUGAUGAUCACCAACACGAGGAAGAGCGAUGCCGGGAAAUACAUCUGCGUUGGAACCAACAUGGUGGGAGAGAGGGAGAGCGAGAUUGCCGAACUCACAGUGCUUGAGCGGCCAACCUUUGUGAGGAGGCCGAGCAGCGUGGUGGUGCUGGCGGAGGAGAGCGUGGAGUUUCACUGCGUGGUUCAAGGAGACCCCGUUCCCACUGUGCGCUGGAGGAAAGAUGAUUCUGACCUGCCCAAGGGCAGAUUUGAAAUCCUAGAGGACCAUACCCUGAUUGUUCGCCAAGUGACCUCUUCAGAUGAGGGUUCCUAUACGUGUGUGGUGGAGAACAUGGUCGGGAAGUCUGAAGCAUCCGCCACGCUCACUGUGCACGUGCCGCCAGCUUUCGCCGUACGGCCGAGGAACCAGGUGGCGGCAGUGGGCAGGAUGGUCACCUUCCAGUGCGAGGCCACCGGCAACCCACAGCCCGCCAUUUUCUGGCAGAGGGAGGGCAGCGAGAGUCUCCUGUUCUCGUACCAGCCGCCACAGCCCUUCAGCCGCCUGUCUGUCUCACAGAUGGGCAGCUUGACCAUCACCGAUGUUCAGCGCUCUGAUGGCGGCUUUUACAGCUGCCAGGCUCUCAACAUCGCCGGCAGCGUCAUUACCAAAGCACUACUGGAAGUUACAGAUUCCGGAUCAGACCACCCUCCUCCUGUUAUUAGGCAGGGCCCGAUCAAUCAGACUGUACCUGUCGACAGCACUGUUGUGUUGGGCUGCCAGACUGCCGGUACUCCACCUCCCACGGUCCAGUGGAGGAAAGAUGGCGUGGUGGUUUCCCCGGUGGACUCUCGGACGUCCCUAACGGAGACAGGAUCACUGAAGAUUCACUACGCCAAGCUGGGAGACACGGGCUUAUACACCUGCAUAGCUUCUAGUCCCAAUGGAGAGGCUUCCUGGACAGCCUACUUGCAAGUGGAGGAGUUUGGAGUAGUCGUCCAGUCUAGUCCUUCAGAUCCGAACCUGAUCCCGAGCGCUCCGUCCAAACCCGAGGUGACUGAGGUCAGCCGCUCCUCUGUCACUUUAUCGUGGAAAUCUGGGCCCAGUGCCGGUGGACCACCGUCAUCUUACCUAAUUGAGGCAUUCAGUUACACUUUGGGAAACAGAUGGGUGACUCUAGCUGAGCAUGUGAAGACGCAGACCUUUGUUCUGAAAAACCUAAAACCCGGAGCUGUCUACCUCUUCAUGGUCAGAGCGGUGAACGCCUAUGGCCUCAGUGACCCCAGUCCCAUUUCUGAUUCCGUCAGGACACAAGAGAGUACGUCCACCAUGCAGGGAGUGGACCACCGUCACAUCCAGAGAGAACUGGGAGAUGUUGUGAUCCACCUGCACACACCCACUGUCCUGUCAUCAUCUGCGGUCAGGGUGCAGUGGAUGGUCGAGCAGCAGUCGCCGUACAUCCAGGGCUACAAAGUGCUUUACAGGGCGUCCGCCGAGCACGGCCAGCCUGAAGGGCAGUGGAGCGUCCUGGAGGCGCGCGCUCCGCGGGAGGACGGCGUGGUGAUCAGUCAGCUGAAGAAAGGAUCCAUCUACGAGUUCAAAGUUCGCCCCUUCUUUGAUGAGUUCCAGGGAGCAGACAGCGAGGUGAAGGUGGUCAGGACUUUGGAAGAAGCGCCGAGCCGAGCCCCCCAGGGUGUGACAGUCACCAAGAGUGAUGCCAAUGGGACCGCCAUCCUUGUUUCCUGGAAACCACCUCCAGAAGUAGAAAAGAGUGGCAUCAUUCAAGAAUAUAAGAUCUGGUGCCUGGGUAAUGAGAGUCGCUACCAUGUUAACCAGUCGGUGGAUGGCUCCACUUUCUCGGUGCUCAUCUCCAGCGUGGCACCAGGAAUUCGCUACAGCGUGGAAGUGGCGGCCAGCAAUGGGGCCGGGCCCGGGGUGAAGAGUGAUGUUGCUUUCUUUCAAUUAGACUCCUCCGGCCAGAUGGUGGAUAUCAGUGAGGAAAAAGACACUUUGUCCCAGAUUUCAGAUGUGGUGAAGCAGCCAGCUUUUAUUGCUGGCAUUGGCGCCACCUGCUGGCUGGUUCUCAUGAUUUUCAGCGUGUGGCUCUACCGCCACCGCAAGAAGAGAAGUGGCCUCAGCAGCACAUACACGGGCAUCCGCAAGGUCCCUUCAUUCACCUUUACACCUACAGUCGCUUAUCAAAGGGGGGAAUCUGUGUGCAGUGCUGGCAGACCUGGCCUUCUCAGCAUGGGUGAACCUCUAAACCAGCUGUGGCUGCCAGACAAUUGGCCAAAUGCCUGUGCCAAUCACAAGGACUGUAGCAUCAACUGCUGCAAUAAUGGCAACGGCACCAGUGACAGCAACAUGACAACAUACAGUCGACCAGCUGACUGCAUAGCCAACUAUGGAAACCAUCCAGAAAACAAACAGGGAGGACAGCUUGGUUCUGAGACAGCCAUAUACAGCGAUGUGAACCUCUCCAACAAGCUCAAUGAGAUUAAAACGUUCAACAACUCCAACUUGUGCUAUGCAAGUCCAGGAGGGGAUUCAGCAGCCACGUAUGAGCCCAUUCCAUAUGCCACCACGCAGCUCAUUCAGGCAAGCAUAAAGAACAAGGCAGCCGCUGGCGGCUCUGGAGCCGAGCCUCUGGACAUACCCUGCUGGAAACAGCCUCCCAACCUGCCUCCGAUAACUAAAGAGAUGGCGGCACAGAUGCAGAGCAACAUGAUGGAGCAAAACAGCAAAGAUCAUCUGCAAGGAGGUGAGGGAAUGAUUCAUCCUAAAAUUAUGCCCUACAACCAGAGCCGCGAUCACAGCACAGGAGGCUCACACCAUAGUUCAGACAGAGGCAGCAACAGCACCUCAGGGAGCCAAAAUCAAAAGAAGGGAACGCGGGCACCAAAGAUCCCAAAACAUAAUGCACUGAGCUGGGGAGAAGCCCUGUCUCCUCCCCAUGCUAAUGCCUGGGACUGCGACGAGUACAGCCUGCCGAUGGAAAGGAGUUUUGAUCCAGAGGAGAGAGGGGAAGGCUGCCCCACCCCACCAGUCAGAGGAGCGGCCUCAUCCCCCACCGAGGUGUCGUACAGUCACCCAGCAGCCACGUCGUCGCAGGGAGACCUGAGCAACGGCCUGCACAAUGGAGCCGAACAGCUCAGGUGGCAUUUAUCGCCUCUUUUUAAAGUUAUUUCUGCUAAAACUCUUGUCAUGACAAAAAUGCUCUCAUGGUUUUCCAGCCAUCCCGGAUCCCUUUCCCCGACGCACACCUACAGCUCAAUACGCCUCUGCGUGGACGUGGACGAGCAGGAGGAGAACGAGGACGACGCGGAGGGGGAGACGGAUGCGGAGCACGCCGACUCUCACUACAGCCAGCAUCACAACCAUCACAAGCACAAGCACCAGCUGCACCACCCCUCUCCACACAAGCUGCUGCUCCACGGGCUGGAGCAGACCCCAGCUUCCAGCACCGGGGAUCUGGACAGAUCGGUCACAGGGUCCAUGGUGAACAGCUGGGGCUCGGCGUCGGAGGACAACAUCUCAUCGGGCAGGUCCAGCGUCGUCAGCACCUCGGAGGGGUCCUUCUUCACAGAUGGCGACUUCAACCAGGCGGUGGCCUCUUCGCGAGACAUCGUGGGCCUGCGCAUGUGCAGAUACCCAGAGGAGUCAGGCCGGCGGCCCCAGAGACCCAGCAGCCCCAUGUCAACAGAUAGCAACAUGAGCCCCGCAAUCACACAUAAAAGGCCCCGGAGGCAUAAACAGAGCCAGUCUGGUCAACAGGGCUACCCAUCCAAAGACGUUUUCAACGAUGACUCCUGCAUGCCUCUGAACUUCACCAGCCAGCUGUCCCACGGAGACUAUAAAGUGAGGGGGGCCACCCUGCCCCGGAUGGGCUCCGGCGAGGCCCGGGGCCGGCGAGGCAGCACGGGGACUCACAGGGUCAGAGAGGGCGCGCUCGAGCCCAGAGAGAACCAGGAGAACCACAAGAAUCAGACAGCGGGAAAAGGAAAACACCGACAGCACUCAGAAUUUGGGGAUGUUCUUCUGUAUAGUCGUCCCUCCUUCCCAUCAGGUCAAACUCCAAGAGAGGCGGAUGAAUCUAACACAUCCGGCUUUUUGUCAUUCGGAGACUCGAGGACCAAACAGGGAGGACAUGUGGUAGUUACAGGAGAGGUAGAAGAGUUCCAGAACAACUAAGAAGCAAAACAUGUGGACAAAAGAUAUCCUGCAGCUGCUUCACAUAAAGGACUAUGACCUUUCUGAAAUGGAAAAAAGACUCUGAAAUUACUGCACAAUACAUAUAAUUGUUUUUUUUACUUCGAAAUUUUCAUUAGGUGUUGAAAAGAAAAAAAAAAGAAGAAGUGCUCUCAUGUUUGAGUCCCCUGACUUGGAUUUUGAUGCACUGUUUAUUUGUUGAUCAUGUUUUAUGGGGUGACCAGCCCCUCCCCCCCCCCCCCCCACCGGGACCCUGAACUGCUGGUUGCUCGGUAACGUAAGAUGAAUGCACAUUUGAUGGCGGUCGUGAGUGUCUACAAAAAAUAUUGUCCAUGCCGACUGCUUGACGCGGUCCAUAUGAACUUUGUUUGUCAGUCGUCUUUGUUCUUUUACUGUAAUUGAUAUACAGUCAUUACCAGCCAUCUUGUAAAUUGUUUACUGCCACAGAAGUGCUUCAAAUUCAAAUUUUAUAUAACAGUGUUAAUGUUUUAUAAGUGAUGUACAUCUUGUCUUUGUAUUAUUUGUCCUACUUUGGUUAUAAAAGCACAAUCACUUAAUUUUAUUCUGCCAUUGUUAAAUGAAUUUCACUCUGGAGGAAAACGCUUGUUUAAGCAUUUCAUCAGUUCACUGAGGCUGAGGAAAAGAUUGUUUGUUGUGAUUGUGCAUUCGGUUGCGUACUUUUGAGCUGCUUUACAUUCGGAUUUGAGCUAUCUGUUGUGUGUACUGAGAGAAUUGCAUGCAGAUUCACCUGAAGGAGGUUUCACCUGACACCCGGACUGCUCCGUGCUCCCUCAGGAUGAGGA